UCCCUUUUCGUUCCGUUCCUUUAAUUCGUUGUGUUGGGCUGCUCGUUUGCUCGCCUUUCGCAUUAUUUGCGCAACGCCUUUUGGUAAUCGAUUGAUUUAUGGCCCCGUCGCGACGCUGAUAGGGUUCGAUCUGCGGCGAUGGAGAUUGGGAUCCGGCGACUGCGUGAUAGGUCCGGGCGCGGCGGCGUCUUGGGGUCCGCUUCCUGGUCGUCCUCGAGUUCCCUCUAAUCGAGGGCUUGCGAGGGCUUCGAGGUCGGAUCGUUGAUCCCCGGCGCGGAGGAGAAUGGAGGAGGAGCGCAGCUCUUGGGUGCUGAGGGCGAAGUAUUCCCACACGCCGCACCACCGAACGAGCUCGGACCCUGAUGUGGUCCUGCUUCCGGAUCCCAAGGAAUCGAAUUCGGAUACCGCGUGUUUGCUCUCGGGCAGGUCCUCGGUCCGAUCUGGCUCUGAUCCCUCGCGGAGCCUGAAGAACUCGAGCGCGGAAUCGUCGGCGAAGAUAUCCGCAAACGGGUCGAGUUCCCAACCUGAUGAUGGCGAUCGAUUGGACUUGAAGAAGGCGGAGAACCGGAGCGCCAGGUGUUCUGAUUUCUCCUUCUAUCCGGAAGGAGUCCCAUCUCGUUCUAUCGUGGUUGCGACCUCGAAGUUUCCGGUUUCUCAUCAGAAAGCCGGGAGCUUGAAUUCUACGAUGGGCGCUGCUUCUUCUGGAAGGGUUAAACCAGAUGCCAACUCCCGCUCGAGUUCCCAACCUGAUGAUGGCGAUCGAUUGGACUUGAAGAAGGCGGAGAGCCGGAGCGCCAGGUGUUCUGAUUUCUCCUUCUAUCCGGAAGGAGUCCCAUCUCGUUCUAUCGUGGUUGCGACCUCGAAGUUUCCGGUUUCUCAUCAGAAAGCCGGGAGCUUGAAUUCUACGAUGGGCGCUGCUUCUUCUGGAAGGGUUAAACCAGAUGCCAACUCCCGCUCGAGUUCCCAACCUGAUGAUGGCGAUCGAUUGGACUUGAAGAAGGCUGAGAGCCGGAGCGCCAGGUGUUCUGAUUUCUCCUUCUAUCCGGAAGGAGUCCCAUCUCGAUCUAUCGUGGUUGCGACCUCGAAGUUUCCGGUUUCUCAUCAGAAAGCCGAGAGCUUGAAUUCUACGAUGGGCGCUGCUUCUUCUGGAAGGGUUAAACCAGAUGCCAACUCCCGUCACGAGCGGGAGUCGAAAUCCAAGCAAAGGUCAAUAUCACCUCUUCCAACCACCGUCCUCUCCGAGGUCUUUAAAGAAGCUCGUUCGAUCGGAAGGAGAUUCUCCACCCCGCCGCCUUCGAGGAAAAAGUGCGAUAAAGCUCGUGCGCAUCACGAGCUUGAUUGGAGAACAGCUUUGGAACUGAGGAAAGCCUUUGAUAAGUCGAGGCCCAGGAAGGGAACUUCUUGGGCGAGGUGCUUCGACCAUGGGGGAGGGAAGGUCACUGCCUUGGAGACGACCGAGAAAUGGAAUGCCGAUCUUUCCCAAUUGUACUUUGGGCUUAGGUUUGCCUGCGGUGCUCACAGUAGGCUAUACCACGGUGUCUUUAACGAUAAGCCUGUUGCUGUGAAGAUGAUUAGUCAACCCGAUGAUGACGAAAAUGGAGUGAUGGCUGCACGACUGGAGAAGCAGUUCACGAGAGAAGUGACAAUGUUAUCACAUCUCGAUCACCGCAAUGUGAUUAAGCUUGCAGGGGCUUAUAAACAGCCACCAGUCUUUUGUAUCAUCACUGAGUAUCUUUCUGGAGGCUCUUUAAGAGCAUUUCUGCACAAGCUUGACCACAAAUCUCUUCCUUUACAAAGAUUAAUUGCAAUUGCCUUAGAUAUCGCACGAGGAAUGGAAUAUGUUCAUUCACAAGGGGUUAUCCAUCGUGACCUGAAACCUGAGAACAUUCUAUUUGAUCAAGACUUCUGCAUUAAAAUUGUUGAUUUUGGAAUAGCAUGUGAGGAAGCAUAUUGUGACGCACUUACAGAGGACCCUGGAACUUAUCGCUGGAUGGCACCUGAGAUGAUCAAACAUAAGCCUUAUGGGCGGAAAGUUGAUGUUUACAGCUUUGGCUUACUUCUGUGGGAGAUGGUGACAGGGACAAUUCCAUAUGAGGAUAUGACACCAAUCCAAGCAGCUUUUGCAGUGGUUAAUAAGAACUUGAGGCCAAUCAUUCCUCUUGAUUGUCCUUCACCUCUUCACGCCCUCAUAGAGCAAUGCUGGGCAGUAGUUCCCGAUAAGAGGCUCGAAUUUUGGCAGAUUGUAAAGGUAUUGGAGCAGUUUCAAUCUGCUGUCACUCAGGAUGGAACAUUAAAUCAGCUUCAACACUUGACCUGCCAGGAUCACAAGAAACGGUUACUCGAUUGGAUCCAAAAGCUCAGAACUCCCUUGCAUGCAAAUAGCUCAAAACCCCGAUUGCCCUAACUUGUAUAACUUGUCUACCUGCGCGCUAUUGGAUUUUUGCUCCUCCAUUAUGGUGUUUUGUAGCUCAUCUAGUAACAGAGUAUACAUACACCAUGGUUGAUGUCAAAAUUUUCUCUCAUUUGCGGCUAAGCUUCUUUCAGCCUCUCCAAUGUGAUAGGACUCCUGCAUGCAUCCAUGUCCAUGAUAAACAGUCGAUGCCAAUGUCCAUAUUGUACUGUAGUAUGAGGAAAGUAUUAGUCUUACUAGGUCAAUUUUUUUUAUCUAAUUUAGAUUUGUUCAUCAGAUGUAUAAAAAUCUUGUUAUUCCCUCUUUUUCUAUUAGGAUCUUGAGAAUGCAUUGCGAAAUGGUCGACGCAGAUGUUUGCUACUGAUCUGUGUGUUACAUUUGGUUUUUACGAACCAAAUGCUGACAUCACCCCUGACCUGCCAGCGGGCUUCUGAAAAGAUGCUGACGUGGGUAAUACUUAUUAUGUCUUGUUGGUAAUACUUAUUAUUGUCUGGCUUAAUCACUAUAAACUUUACAAACUUUAAUUUUCUGAUAAUAAGUCUCCCAUUUCUUUAAACGAACAACACAUAUCUCAAUCGCGCUUCCCAUUUCUUUAAACCAAGUCAUCGUCUCCCCUGUAACCGCCUCCCUCCUCCAUCAUGAGUCUGUUGAUCUUGUCCUCCCUCUCUCCGUCGUCCUCUCUCUUCGAGGAACCCUUACUCGCCCAGUCCUUUCUCUCCCUCCCCCCUUCGAUCUCGUAUGGGGGGAGGUUCGGGUUCGGCCCCUCGUCGGUGGGCGACUCAAUGAUCGUGGUGAACACGCCGAGCCAGGAUCUGCUCCUCACCAACUUCGCCUACUGCUCCUCCACGGAUCUUGACAAGUACGCCGCACCCGGGUCCAAGAACGUCCUCGUCCUCGUCCUCGUUGGAUAUUCGGUUGUCCUCACCCUACUUUAUCCUUCUUCUUGUUCGUCUUUAUGAUUUGCAUUGCUAAAAUUACGGAUUGAACUUGUAUCCACCGUGUUCUUUUUGAGAUUAUCUUGGGAUCUUGUCACCAUGAAAUUUGACAACGCAAUCGGUCGCACUCUAAUUUUCAAGAUUUUUGGUUUCUUGGAUUAGGAAUGUUGAGUUGAUCUUCGUAUUAGCACCUUCUGUUCAUGACUCUUCCGACUUCUCAUCAAGAAUGACCGGAGAUCCGGUUGGUCGUACCUUAAUUUUCAAGAUUUCGAUUUCUUGAUUUUGUAAUGUUGAUUUGGUAACCGGAUGCUACUCUUACUCUGUUCAUGAUUCUUCCGGCUUAUCAUCAAGAAAGAUUGAGGAUACAGUUGGUGACACUUUUUGUGGGAAGCCCUCGCUUUUGUUCUUUCAGAUUUGUUCCUCCGGAUAAAUUUAAUCUGGCACUGCUCACUUUAGAGUUGGAUUUUGUUAAAGGAAAAGACUAAUAGAACUGAGCAAGGUUUUCUUGAAACUUUUGUGUUAAUUGUAUUUCAUGAUUGAAUGCUGAUAUCAUAAUCUACAAGUCUUGUUUAUGUUGUAGUUGGAUGCUGUACUUGUCUCUCAACUUCAGAAAAAAUUUAUUGACCAGUUAAUCAGCGUGAAGCUGCCAGCAGCAAAAUUUUCCAUCAUAAAGAGUUCAACUUUCAGAAGCUAGGAAUUGGAGGACUAACCGUUGGAUUCAUUGAAAUUUUUCGACGAGCAUUUGCUUCUCGAGUUUUUCCUCCCCAUGUUGUUGAUAAGUUAUUUUUGUGCAUACUUUUAAGUUAUCAACAUAAAAAAUGUCUAAGUCUUUAUUCCUUUCUGAUUGUUAUAUCCUCGAGAUUAGGUAUCAAGCAUGUGAAAUGAAUGUUGCUUUAUGGACCGCCAGAUGCGGAAGCUGUUGAAUGGCAAGGAGCUAAAGGUUUUUCACUUUGUGAUUAAACAAUAUGAUUCUACUUUCAAUUAAAGCUUUAGCUUAUAUGUUUACUUUGUGAUUAAACAAUAUGAUUCUAUUUUCAAUUAAUUGCUUUAGCUUAUAUGUUUAAGCAAAUUUAUGCAUUUCUUUUGAUUCUAUUGACAUUGUCAUCAUAAAUCUUAUGACUUGCCAUGCUUAAAUAGCUCUAUUGGUAUAGUCUUGUGCCAUCAUAAAUCUUAUGCUGCCUUAUGCUUAAAUAGUUGACGGUUUUCUUUUUAGGAAUCAAAUUUGUGUUUUCAACUUAUAUAUGAAAAUCAUAUAUCUUUAUCUGAUAAUAAUUAUGACUCUAAAUAAAAUACAUUAGCACUUCGAUUAAUCCGACAUUGAGUACUUAAUUAAGAUUAAUUUAUAAGGGUACAUUGGUUGUAUUAAUAUUAACUUUAGUUUGAACAUUUUUGUCAGUGAUUUAGGUCAAAUGAAAUUGAUAAAUUAGUUCGCUUAUCAAACUCGGGUCAUGAUAAUAUUUAGCUUAGUUUUUUAUAUUUUAGUUGGGUUAACUAUAGAUGGAUAUUGUUGUAGGUGCAAACUGAGUAUGAGUAUUCUUGAACUUUUUGUUAAUUGAUUAUGGUAUAGAUAUAAGGUAGAUCACUCAACAGUUAAUGUCUAAUUUAUAAUAUAGAUACAAGUUAGGUAUGGGUCAAACUAUGUUAGGAUUAUUUUUUAAAGAAAAUAACUGUAUUAAAAACUAACCAUGUGAGUACAAAAUACUUGUGAGGUCAUGGUAAUAGGGCAAGUCACCAUUCCAUGUACAAGAGACACCCUUAUUUCUUGCAACACAUACAAGAGAAUGUGCAUCCUUUUUACAUUCUUUGUACAAAAUGCCACAUAGAUAGCACGAUGCGAUAGAGCCUAUACGAUGCAAACACAUAGCGAAGCUCAUCGUAUUCACAGUCAUCAUAUUAAGAAGAAUCUUACGACCAAUAAUAGUAUGGUGGUAGUUGGUCACACUUCUCCGAACAGUAAUACGGUGAUCAAUCUUAUGAUCAGAGCAAUAAAUCAAUGGUGAAAAUAGAAGUUCUGACAUUAUCCAUGCUCCGUACCAGUACACGCUACAAUCAUCCUUGCUCUAGGAGCUGUCUCGGGCACAUGUGGUUUACAAUGAUUAGACUAUAAUCAUCACUACAUUGAUGUAUUAAUGAUAUAUGGUAUAUCAAUAUAUUAUAUCGUGGGAUCAUUUUUAGGAUUGAGUUUAAUAAACAUAUCAAAUUGAUAUACAAGUAUAUAAGAUCAAGAUCUCGAUCCAUUGUCCAUGUGGAGUUUCGUCAUUCUUUUUUUUUUAGAGUAAAAUUAGGUAUAUCCAACAGAGGUGUUAUUGAGGAAGAGGUUUCACGGCAUGCGGCAGUGGCUCUUGAGCAAGGAAGAGGUUUCUAUUUACUGUUUUUUUUUCUAUUUAUUUUUAUUUUCUUAGUUUGCAGGCAUUCACUAAAGUUUUUAUGUUUUACAUUAAAUAUUUUUUUAUCAGCCAUUAUAAAAAUCCCAGAACAAGUGCUUAAAUCUUUGGAAGCUGAUAGUUUCAGAUGAGUUGGGAAGUUUAGAUCAUAGCUGGCUUGUGCUUUGUGCUGCUUAUUGUGUUGGCGCAGAAGAUCUUGGUGACCUCUUUCUACAUUAGAAUUCUUCUUUUGAAAGGAGAAUUCAGUUUAUCAGCAAAUGCUUCCACUUGUUUAAUUGUUAUGAUGCAUCUAUUCUGGAACUGAUAUUUGAGAUAUAUUCCUGUAGUUUUAAGCAGACAUCAGUUAUUUGGGUAUUGAUUUAGUCAUCCUUUAUUUUAUUGAAUGGCAUCAUGGCCAGCGUGCAGUUUAGUACUUGAUUGGCACCUCUGCUCUCACCUGUUGUUUUGUCGAUCUGGAUGAUUGUUUCUUUUUUGUUUAACAUUAUUCUUGAUCUCAUGAAUCAAGUUGGUAGGCUCUCUCAAAAAAGUUGUUUCUAAGAUUGGCAAUAAUGCGGAGUUCUUGUGUCAUUACUCUUAUCUUCUAAUCAAAAUAGGAUACUUCAUCGGCUGUUUAGGAUUUUAAAUCCUCUCCUUGUCAUUGGAAAUUUUUCUAUCUUAUGUUGACGAUGAUAUAGUUAUUCUUCAACCAUUUGUGUUUACGGCCUCUAAGAAGAUGAUGUUUCAACUGCUUGUUUGUUUCCUUGUUCUUUAUUAUGUUGACAAUGAUAUAGUUAUUCUUCAACCAUUUGUGUUUACGGCCUCUACGAAGAUGAUGUUUCAACUGCUUGUUUGUUUCUUUGUUCUUUAUUAUGUUGACGAUGAUAUAGUUAUUUUUCAACCAUUUGUGUUUCUGGCCUCUAAGAAGAUGAUGUUUCAACUGCUUGUUUAUUUCCUUGUUCUUUAUUAUGUUGACAAUGAUAUAGUUAUUCUUCAACCAUUUGUGUUUACGGCCUCUACGAAGAUGAUGUUUCAACUGCUUGUUUGUUUCCUUGUUCUUUAUUAUGUUGACGAUGAUAUAGUUAUUCUUCAACCAUUUGUGUUUCCGGCCUCUAAGAAGAUGAUGUUUCAACUGCUUGUUUAUUUUCUUGUUCUUUAUUAAUGAAUGUAAGUAAUAUUUACCUCAUGUAGGCCUUUCAAAUAGGGAGUGAGAUAUCAGCAUCGACUGCAAAGCUUCUUUGAUGCUGUCCCAUCUUCAUCAUCACUACAGUAAGAUGACUUGGAUGAGGCCUCCAAAGGAGGGGUGAAGUCGACGAUACGAACGAUGUUGGAUAGGCCUUGGAAGGAAGGGUAUGUGUCUUGGUACUUGAGGAGGUCGGUGGCAACCAUCGAACUCAGAGUCCUAAGCAUAAAUUCUUCCCUUUGAGACCUCAUCCAACAUCGCUCAAUAGCCGAAUGCUCAUGGACACCCUCUUUCGUGAAUCAGGAAGAACAUAUUUUUGCAACCCAAAGCAGAAGUUAAAUAGACAAAAGUCGUUCUACUGAAUCACUACUAUUACGUGAUCAAACAUGCAUGAUUCAUGCAUCGCAAGAAUACGAAGUUUCAGUUCAUGAAUCGUGCAUGUUUGUUCACGUAACAGUAGUGAUUCGGUUGAAAGGAGCAGUAGUUAUCACCUGAAACCAAAUUAAUACUAAUAAUUCUUUAUUUAUUAUGAUAACAGUACAAAUGUAGACAAGGCAGACACAACCCUAUCCCAUCUGAUAUCAUGACACACUGAUAAACGAUUAGCCAUUGCAAGCCCCAAGUUAUUUACUCGAACAUAAAUCCACUCUUUAUAUAUUGUCAUUACUAGCUAAGAAGCUGUCACUAGCCACAUUGGCAGUCAACACAGGCGCAGGAAGGACCACACUUGCAGUCUCCCUCCGUCUCGGCAGCUGCUGGGGCAUCGACUACAGCAUCCAAGUAGC